UUGUAGAUCGUGAAAGAUUGGGUCAAACAAUUAACUCGUCAAAGGGGCUACUCAGAUCAAAUGGUGGAGGAAGCAAAUGCCAUUAUUUUUACCUUUGGGUCUUAUCAUCUUGGGGUAAGUAUCAAGUCGGCAUGCUUGUUUGUCAGGCACUUACAUGGAGGAGUUUUGCACACCAGCUAUGAGUUAUUAUUUCUUUGUUUGGCAUAAAUUUUCCAUUUCACUUCCCUGGUCAAAGCCAAGAAGUUUUUCCUGGUCAUCGAAGUGGAAUGAGGGGCAAAACCCCUAGAAAAACAACUUGCCACAUCGCCAAAACGCAAAUGAAAAAUAGGUUAUCUGACACCAUUUCCCAAGCAAAACUUCCCAACCACUUUCCAAGGCAACACACCAAGGGGUAGAAGCUUUGCAGGAACGAAAUGACUGCUAAGAGCAAUUUGCUCUUGCGUUGUUUUGACUCUACAUGUUGUGUCUUGGCAAUUUUGGAAGUAAUAAACUACUUCUUUGACAGGUACAUGGACCUGGGGCUGACAUAGACACUUUGUGUGUUGGACCUUCUUAUGUGAAUCGAGAGGAUUUCUUCGUUAUUUUGCGUAGUACUCUGGCUGAAAUGGAAGAAGUUACUGAACUUCAACCAGUUCCAGAUGCUCACGUCCCAGUUAUGAAAUUUAAGUUCCGGGGAAUAUCAAUUGAUCUUCUUUAUGCAAGUAUAUCUCUUUUGGUUGUUCCAGAUGACUUUGACAUCUCUCAUGGGUCUGUGCUGUAUGAUAUUGAUGAACAAACUGUUUGAAGUCUUCAUGGGUGCAGGGUUGCAGAUCAAAUCCUUAAACUCGUUCCAAAUGUUGAGGCAACUGGAUUCUUAGGAGGUGUUAAUUGGUCUCUCUUGGUAGCACAUGUCUGCCAGCUCUAUCCCAACGCAAUCCCCAGUAUGCUGGUUUCUUGAUUUUUCAGAGUGUAUACACUGUGGCAGUGGCCAACCCUGGAUGCUGUGUCCCAUAGAUGCAGAUGAACUUGGUUUAACCGAAUGGGAUCCUCAGAAGAAUCCUUGUGACUGGUUGCAUCAUAUGCCUAUAAUAACUCCUGCAUACCCAUGUAUGAAUUCUAGCUAUAAUGUUUCUUUAAGCACUCUUCGUGUUAUGAUGGGCCAGUUCAAAUGUGGUAACAGGAUAUGUCAGGAGAUUGAGCUGAACAAAGCACAGUGCAGUGCUUUAUUUGAGCCAUAUCUUUUCUUUGAGGCAUACAAAAACUAUCUACAAGUUGACAUAGUUGCAUCAGAUGCUGAUGAUUUGCUGAUAUGGAAAGGCUGGGUGGAGUCACGGCUUAGACAGCUUACUUUGAAGAUAGAGCAGGGUAGAAAUGGAAUGUUGCAGUGUCAUCCCUAUCCAAAUGAGAAUGCAGAUGCAUCUAAGCAGUUCCCACAUUGUGCUUUCUUCAUGGGUUUGCAGAGGAAAGAGGGACUGAGUGGUCGGGAAGGUCAACAAUUUGAUAUAUGUGGAAUGGUUGAAGAGCUUAGGCAAGAGAUACAUGCAUACACGUUCUGGAAACCGGGAAUGGAAAUUUUCGUUUCCCAUGUUUGGAGGAAGCAGCUUCCUGCCUUUGUUUUUCCUGAUGGGUAUAAACGGUCUCGAUCAUUUAGGCCUCUAAGCCAGCAGGCUGGAAGAAUCUCUGAAGAUUUUUCACGGUCUCGGCCUGGUUCUGCAGAGAGACAAAUUAAGAGAAAGCAUGAUGACAGAUUAGAAGAUCCUAAACUAGAGAAGUGGGUCUCUCUGGGGGCUAAUUCUCCAGAACGUAGUACAAAUGGGUGUGGUGGAAGAUCUCAUACUAGCUUUGGUGAAGCAACUAAACUAGAUGGCUCAAUGAAUGGGGAUGUUGGUGGCAAUUCCAUGGUUGGGUUGUUAAUCAAGCAGGUAGACAACGGAAAGAGAACUUUGGAGAUUACCAACCAACAGAGAAAAACUUUUGAGUGCAAUCCUGUCACCUCAAACGAGAGGACUUCUUUAGAUGUAUAUGAUUUUUCAUUAGUUAGGAAUGAUGUGGCCUCGGCUGAACAGGCUGUUGAAACCAUUCCAAGACAUGAGCUUCUUGCUUCAUGUGAAGUUCCCAAUUCUAAAGUCCAAGAAACAUGCAAGAGUGGACUGAAUCAGGAUAUAAUUGUGGAUUUGGCAUCAUCUUACAGGGGAAGCUUAAACUGGAAAGAGACUCUUGUGGAGGUUGAUCAAGAGGUAGUCAAACCUUAUAAUCAGGCAGCUGUGUUAGAAAUUGCUGAAGGUGUAUUUGGGUCAACUUCCAAUUCUCAGAACCUCAAUUGUGAGGUGAGUUUCUCUGUUUGAGGAUUUUGGGUUAAAAGAUUUGUACCAGAUGACAGUGAGAAUUCUGGAAGUUUGAGCUUGUGAGAGUCAGGGAUCUUUGCAGGCUGGCAUAUGCAGUGCAGAUUUGGAUUCACUUCUGGAAAAUGGACAUCUCAAUGCAAGUGGUGUAUUUCAAAAUGAUCUGACCAAAGAAUUGGAGGUUUGAAGUCCAACCUCAGAACUCAUGCUGGUUAAUAUGUUUCUAAAUUUCUGCUUCUCAUACUGUUGGGUUUUCCUUUGUCUUGUUAGUACCUUCUUUCCUGUAUUGUGGGUCACUGUUGAUGGGAUAAAUUCUUUAUAUUUAUAUUUCUGGCACUUCAAAGGGUCAGGACUCAACAUUUAACGGGGCAAUGGAGUGAGAUCUCGGAAUCAAAUGACUUUGAGCAUGUUGUGACUUUCUCCCCUUUACUUUUUCCCUGAAAAUUUUUCCCAUCUUUUAUGGAAUCAGUGCAACCUUUUGUAACUUAAUCUUCCUUGAUUUUUUAAUACACUAAUAUAGUUUGUACAGUCAAUAUCCUAACUUGUGCAUAUGUGGUGACAGGUCUUGCACCACCAUACGUGCUAUGUCUCCAGUAACUGUGCUUAAGAACCUGACUCUAUUUUGCAUCUGAGGCUCAGAUACUUGACCCUCCUUCUUAUUUUCUUUUGAUUGGUAUGUUGUUCAGAACCUAACUUUUCUUGUAACUUUUGUUGUAUAGCCAAAUAUUACACUUGGGAAGGUUGUAAAAUCUCAAGAUCAAGUGAGGUCAGAAACUUUGCAAU